AGAACCUGGCGGGGCUUCCUUCAAGUUGGUUGAGUCCAUCUGGGAGGAUUCACUCAGCAAGAGGCAGAGGAACCAAGGCAGGAUGAAGACAUUGCCUAUGCUCGUGCUGUCUCUUACCUUACUGACUGUCUUCUCAGAGACCUCCCCGAUUUUGACGGAGAAGCAGGCCAAACAGCUCCUAAGAUCUCGGCGACAGGAUAGACCAAGCAAACCUGGAUUCCCUGACGAGCCAAUGCGGGAACACAUGCACCACCUGCUCGCCCUGGAGCAUCGCGCCGAGGAGCAGUUCCUGGAGCACUGGCUGAACCCUCACUGCAAACCCCACUGUGACAGGAACAGGGUUCAUCCUGUGUAAGGGGAUCAGGACCAGCCUCGCAAGCAUUUUAAUAGACAACAACCUGGAUAAUGUUGAAACAAGACAAGGCUGCUUUUUACAUUUGUUUUUAAAUUGCGGAAAUGGAUGUCUUCAGACCUUGUGAACUGUGGGCAUAUCAAAGAUUGCCUUGGAAAUGGCAAAUAUAUAUACUGCUUCAUUUUACUAACCUGCAUAAGUCACUAAAACCAAUAUCUUAAAGCAUAGACACCUGCCAAAGGUCUUUCCACCAGUUUGCAAGAGUGGGAACAACCAGAAUCUUACCUGGGGCUGAUGGAGCUGGAACUCCCAGACCCAGAGUUGGGGCAGGCUGCCUGCCCUAAGGAAUUUGGGGAAUCCUUGUUCAGAGUAGUAAAGCAUACCACUUGGGGUUGCUGAGUUGUUUUGUCAUAUAUUUUUUUUCCUCUUCUUUUCUGCCCUAAUAAACAUUGGUAUUAAAUUUA